CACUUAUCAUUUAGGAAUCUCUGCAAAUAGCAGCUUUGAAACUUAUAUUGUACAUUUGGAUUUGCCGGCCGAAUUCGGACAAUUACUAUCGGAAGAUCUCGAGCCAUGGUACGAUUCAUUCUUGCCAUCAGAAACCGCAGCGGAGUUGAAUGGUAAUAACCCGUCGUCGUCCCGUAUAGUUCACGCAUACCGCAAUGUGAUCACGGGAUUCGCGGCGAAACUAUCGCCGGACGAAGUGAAAGAGAUGGAGAAGAAACGAGGAUUUUUGUACGCGAGACCGCAGAGGAAGUACGGUUUCCACACAACCCAUAGUCCCAACUUCUUGGGCCUCCAUCAGUUCGUCGGAUCAUGGCCCGGCUCAAACUACGGCGAAGGUGUGAUUAUCGGAAUGAUCGACAGCGGAAUCACGCCGGCCCACCCCUCGUUCGAUGACGAAGGAAUGCCGCCUCCCCCGGCUAAAUGGAAAGGCAAAUGCGAACUGAACGGGACGCUAUCGUGCAAUAACAAGCUCAUCGGUGCCAGAAAUUUCGCCAGCGAGCUCCCCGGACCGCCUGUCGAUGACUUCGGGCACGGGACCCACACGGCCAGCACGUCUGCAGGAAAUUUCGUUUCUGGUGCAAAUGUUUUCGGCCAAGCCAACGGGACGGCGUCCGGUAUCGCCCCUCUCGCCCACCUUGCUAUUUACAAAGUAGGUUCGUUGGGUAGCUUAUUGGAAAGCGACAUAUUGGCGGGAAUGGAUGCGGCUAUCGAGGAUGGCGUCGACGUAAUUUCACUCUCCAUCGGAGGACCUUCCACUCCUUUCUACGAAGACAGCAUCGCUAUUGGCGCAUUUAGCGCCAUUGAGAAGGGCAUUUUCGUCAGCUGCUCGGCCGGAAACGGCGGCCCGGACGAUUCCUCGUUGUCAAACGAAGCGCCGUGGAUUCUCACGGUCGGUGCUAGCACUAUCGACAGGAAGAUAAAAGCAACCGCAUUUGUGGGAUAUAAAGAAGCUUAUGACGGUGAAUCGCUUUACCAGCCGAAAGGUUCGUCCAAAUUGUUGCCUCUCGUGUACGGCGGAAAUGACACUAUUGGUGCAUGGUGCGACGAUUCUGGAUUUUUGGCCGACGUCGAUGUGAAGGGGAAAGUAGUGUUGUGUGAGAUGGGUGGAGAUAUUGGACCGGUCGAACAAGGGCAAGUCGUGAAAGAUGCCGGUGGUGCAGCCAUGAUUCUGAUGAACGAUGAAAUCGAUGGAUACUUCACAAUACCUCUACCGCACGUACUUCCUGCAACACUUGUUAGUCACGACGCGGGGGUAAAGAUCAAAGCAUACAUAAACUCUUCGUCAACAACGCCUAUUGCAGCAAUCUCGUUCGGUGGGACGGUAAUCGGAGACAAGAAUGCUCCAACGGUCACAUCAUUCUCCUCAAGAGGUCCCAAUUCGGCUAGUCCGGGCAUUUUGAAACCCGAUAUUAUUGGCCCCGGCGCUAGCAUUCUCGCAGCUUGGCCUCUAUCUAUCGACAACUACACUAACGAAAAGGCCACAUUUAACAUGAUUUCGGGAACUUCAAUGUCGUGCCCACACCUCAGCGGGGUCGCGGCACUGAUCAAGAGCGCGCAUCCUGAUUGGUCUCCCGCGAUGAUUAAGUCAGCCAUAAUGACCUCCAGCACUCAGAUAAACCUUGGCAACAAUCCAAUUCUCGACGAACAACAUCUGCCUGCAGACGUCUUUGCCAUUGGGGCAGGACAUGUAAACCCACCUAUGGCGUUGGAUCCGGGUCUCGUUUACGAUAUUUCGACCGAUGAUUACAUAUUGUACUUGUGUUUUCUCUACACGGAGCAACAAGUUGCAACCAUCGUGCACAAGAAGAUCAACUGCAACGGACCGAAAUACACGGGCGUACCCGAAGCGCAGCUGAACUAUCCGUCGUUUUCAGUUGUUCUCGGAUAUACUGGCUACAUAUACUCACGGACAGUGACGAACGUUGGGGAGGCAGAAUCGACAUACUAUGCGAGAGUAGAAAGUGUUCCGGGAGUGAACGUAACCGUCGAGCCUACGGUACUUAGCUUCACCGAGGUGAAGCAACAGUCGACAUACAAGGUUUACUUUAGUAGACAAGAAUUUACUACAAAUGGAUCUUAUGUUCAAGGAUCCAUCGCCUGGAUUUCGACGAAGCACGUCGUUAGAAUCCCGAUUUCUGUGAAAUUGGUUCUGUGAUGGUCAUCUCAUCACAAUGAUGAUGAAUUAGCAUUUCUACUUUGAAUAAUAGAUGAUGGAACAUUGGGUUAUUUUGAUCUUUUGGAGGUUUUAUUAUGAAGUUAAUCAAUCAUGUCACAAAUAAUGCAUAAAUUAAUCUGAUUACAUUAUAUUUCGAUUACAUCACCUUACAUUAAAUUUCUUACUCUAAUAUUUCAGUUACGACGAGGAACAACAUUUGCAUGAUUUAUAAUUA